AUGAGAAGCCCGCGCUGCGCCCGCCUGCUGCUCCUGCUGCUGCUGCCGCCGCUGCUGCUCACACCUCCCGCCGGCGACGCCGCGGUCAUCACCGGGGCCUGCGACAGGGACCCCCAGUGUGGUGGAGGCAUGUGCUGUGCUGUUAGUAUCUGGGUUAAGAGCAUACGGAUUUGCACACCGAUGGGCAAAGUGGGAGACAGUUGCCAUCCGAUGACUCGUAAAGUUCCAUUUUUUGGGCGGAGAAUGCAUCACACGUGUCCAUGCCUGCCCGGCUUGGCCUGUUCACGGACUUCGUUUAACCGAUAUACUUGUUUAGCCCGGAAGUAAUCACUUUAGAGGAGAUGCUUUGAGUGUGAACAACCACACAAUGUCUAAAGCCUGUUCACCUGUGAUUGUGUCAAACAGAUAAUAUGCCAGAAAGAAAUGCUAUUGCUUCCUCAGUUCUCUAAGUCACAUUUCCCUCUUUGAUUUUUAAAUGAUGUUGUACUUUUUUUUUUUUUUGAUUGAAAGGGGAUUUAUAUUUUGAAUAGAAACAUAAAGUGCAGGACAUUAUGGAACAGUUCUCAUUUCCCUGUUUGUGUUUUCAUUUGGCUUUUUUUUAAAAAUGCCAAUAACUCACCCAUUUUCACAAAAGUGCAGAGAAUACAAAUCUGUAAUUUUGUUACAGAAAUUUUUUUUCCCUAAACAUACCCUGCCCCCAGCCCUGCCCCACCACUCACACACACACACACACACACACACACACACACACACACACACCGGGUCUCUUUCCUUCAUUCCCCAAUGAGUUUUAAGACUCUUAUUUUAUUGUUUGGCAUUUCCCUCCCUGACCCUCUAGCAUUUUAAAGUGAGAAUCCAUAUCCUUGAGCUUGCUGGCAGAAUUACUGAUGAGAAUCAAGCUUUUUUGCCUGAUACUUAAACAGUGGAAAGAAUGUGUAGUUGAACCAGAUACCCUAAACUUCUCUUAUAGGAAGUAGAGAUGGGGCUGCUUCUGAACUUUGACUGAACCUGCUUGUGUAAGUGGGUGCCAGGUCUGCGGUUGACCAGUGUAAGGACAGAGAGAAUGGGAAGUCAAAUUAAUUUAGUCCAGAUUUAUAGAUUUGGGAUUUUUUCUUAAAAGACAUUUCCAGUACAAUACUACAUUUAUUUCUUUUUCUUUUUAUAAAGAUUUUGUUUUAACAAAAGUCUCCUAGUUAGAGAUGUUCCAGAAAAUGUCACUUGAAGAAGAUGUGUUGAUUUUAAUCUGGCAUAACACGAGUUACCAUGUUAAAAUCAGUAUUAAGUUGUCAUUCAAAUUUUAUCUGUAACCCGAAGGUCUGUUGUGAUGGAUUGCCUGAUCCUGUCAUUUGUACAUACCACUAUUGCUGUGUAAAAAUUCUGUAUCAGAAUGACAGUACUGUAUAUCAUUUGAUUUAUUUUUAAUAUUAUAUCCUUAUUUUUGUCACAGUUGUCAGUUUUUAUUACAAGCGGAUUUCUAUAUAGUCCAUAUUAAAAAAAUGGGUAAAGACUCCAGAGUUGGUAAUAUAGCCCUAACCGUGUGCAGAUUUUCCUUUUACAUGCAGGAAAGUUCUGUUUGCAUGAGUUUUAUGAUAGUACAGAAAUAAUGUAUAAAUCGGUGAGGUUUGGGGGAAUGAAGGAAAAUUAUGACAUGCAUAACUGUAAUCAAAAUGGACUCAUGACAUUUCACUGUCUUGAUUCAGCAAAUAGUAAUGGGUGUUGAUCAUCAGUGGUUAGGCAGGGUGCUAGGUCCUGGCGAUGCCAGUGAAGCCUGGCCUUGAAAAAAACC